UCUCUAACCGGAUUGGCUGCCUCGAUGCCUCGCACAGAGCUGUCCUACAGCGGCGUAUUGAAGGUUGAACUACCCGGCCUGCCUUCGUAUCUCAGCGGCAUCGAACCGUCCUUCUUCUGCCUGUAGCACAUCUCCUCCGGGAUCACACCCACAGCCAUGUCCAUAUUCAGCGAGGUCCCACAGGCCCCUCCGGUGGCCGUAUUCAAGCUGACAGCGGACUUCAGGGAGGACAGCCACCCCCAGAAAGUGAAUCUCGGAGUAGGAGCGUACCGUACAGAUGAGUGCCAGCCCUGGGUACUUCCGGUGGUAAAGAAGGUGGAGCGUCUGAUCGUGGAGGACAGCAGCCUGAACCAUGAGUACCUGCCCAUCUUGGGCCUCCCCGAGUUCCGCUCAGCCUCUUCCAAGGUUGCCCUGGGAGAUGACAGCCCAGCCAUCAAGGAGAAUCGGGUGGGAGCGGUCCAGGCCCUGGGUGGUACCGGGGCCCUGAGGAUUGGUGGGGAGUUCCUUCGUCGCUGGUACAACGGCACCAACAACACCGCUACGCCCAUCUAUGUCUCCGCACCCACCUGGGAGAACCACAACGCUGUGUUCGCUGAUGCCGGCUUCAAGGACAUCCGCCCCUACCACUACUGGGACGGAGCCAAGAAGGGACUGGACAUCAGUGGUCUCCUUGACGACCUGGAGAAAGCUCCGGAGGCUUCUGUGUUUGUCCUGCACGCCUGCGCCCACAACCCCACGGGAACGGAUCCCACCCAGGACGAGUGGAAGCAGAUCGCAGAGGUCAUGAAGAGGAGGAACCUGUUUGUUUUCUUCGACUCGGCCUAUCAGGGCUUUGCCUCAGGCAGUCUGGACAAAGACGCCUGGGCUAUCCGCUACUUCGUCUCCGAGGGCUUCGAGCUCUUCGUGGCCCAGUCCUUCUCCAAGAACUUUGGCCUCUACAAUGAGAGGGUUGGGAACCUGACCGUGGUUGCCAAGGACAACGAGAACCUGACCCGCAUCCUGUCCCAGAUGGAGAAGAUUGUCCGGACCACCUGGUCCAACCCACCGUCCCAGGGCGCGCGCAUCGUCAGCAAGACCCUGAACUGCCCAGAACUGUUCGCUGAAUGGAAGGGCAACGUUAAGACCAUGGCCGACAGAGUGCUGCUGAUGAGGGACCAGCUGAAGGCCAAGCUGCAGGCUCUGGGCACCCCAGGGACCUGGGACCACAUCACCCAGCAGAUCGGCAUGUUCAGCUUCACCGGACUCAACCCCAAGCAGGUGGAGUACAUGAUCAAAGAGAAGCACGUCUACCUGAUGGCCAGCGGCCGCAUCAACAUGUGUGGUCUGACUUCCAAGAACAUCGACUAUGUGGCCCAGUCCAUCCACGACACCGUCACCAGCGUCCAGUAAACCCCCAGCAACAACCCCCGCCCCUAUCGCUACCCCUUCCCCAGAGUCCUACUCCAACCCCUACUUGUGCUCCACCACACCAACCACCCUGUGUCUUCUCUGUGUGCUUGUGUGCCCUCUCUUCCGAUUGGUUGAACCCUGCUUUCCCUCUGUUCUGCUACAUGCUUGCUGGGUGUCGAGGCAGGGGAGGGAUCUUACUGUAGUUGGGAAUGUGCAAUUACUCCGGCAGGUCACGCUGAACCUGGUUCAUCAUGUAAUCCCCGGUUCAUCAUGUAAUCCCCGGUUCGUCUUUCCUCCACGAUUCCAUUCAGGAAAAGUUUAAUUGGGGGAAGAAUAAAAAUGACUUCUAGCUUCCAGUAUAGAGAGGGCUAGCAAAGUACUGUAGAGUCCAUGAAGCCAUCUCAAUGCUCCACGUCAGGCCUUGACCCUUUUGCCCAUAUUUCAUGUAUGCGUCUCUGCAUCCUGGGGAUUGAAGCCUUCGGACUAUGGAAACGUGUCCCCGUUGCCUUGGGCAGGAGAGGCCACACACAUUUCAGCCCAACGGACCUCAUUUUAACAUAGCUUCUGGCGGAACGACAAGAGCUCCGGCUCUUGGUUCAGGUGCCAUUUUAACUAGUCACGUUAUUUUCCGAGAUGGCCUUCUUAGAAACUGUGUCAUAUUCGGUGGGUAAAUGAACAUGGAGAAUAACCCCCAACUCUAUUUCCGUUGCCGCUGCACUUAGAGUAGCGCCAGGCCUGCCCGAGCGAACACAUGAACCACUACAUGUCUUGUGGACUAUAGGCCAGACCAACUAUUGGUAAGUUCCGAAUAAUAAUGGAAAACAAUAAUAAUACUGGAAUAGCUGAAUGCUAAUGAAAAUGUUCCUGUUAGAGUUUGUAACCGGCUGUGUUAAAGGUCUCGUAACCCUAGAUAAUAUCCACGUGACUGUGUUUCUGUGCUUCCGUUGAACAAAACCAUGACUUCUACCACCUCAUGAUCACGUCAUUAUGUUACAGAAGUACUGCUGCAGUGAACAAAAUGGUCCUCAUCACGGUUCACCACACACACUGUGCUGUGUUGCACCUCUAUCACCAUGUCAUGAAUAUGAUGAAAUAAAUAUUUCAUUUGAACCACUA